AUGGCUUCCCCUCACCCCCCAUUGGGGCCAGUUGUUCCCAUCCCCAAACCCAUACCAUUAUCAACAGACCUGGAAGCGAUAGUGGAACGAUACAGGGAUCUGAGGCUGCACGGCCUCAAGGUUGAUCCAGAAGCCUUCACUUCACUUUAUGAAGACGAAGUCCAAUUUCCAUUCGAGACAUGGAAAUCCCGGGUCGAGAACCGGAUUGCCAGAACGCUUGUCGCCGUCGACCCUGAAACAAAUCAGGGAGAAUAUAUUGGAGAAGAGCCAUAUACCAAGGAGCUAAGCAGUGCUUUUGCCAUUCAGAGGCUUCUGCGGCAAGAGUGGCUGGGUAUUGUUACAAUCAUUGGACCCGUUCGCUUCUCAGAACAAAGCGACGAUGUCACGGCGACUCCCCCGAAGCCACAGAUCCACACUGCUUUUAUCAAAGACCGGCGAUAUCAGAUCCCUGAUCCUUCGACUGUGGAGAAUAGGGACCUGAGUGAUGCGCAUGCUAUUUUCUUGAUUGUGGGGCUCUUUAUCUUGCCUCAGGCGCGACGGAGAGGAUUGGCGGGUCGCUUAGUGGAAGCAUCUAUCAAAUACGUACGAGAGGAGGCUCGAGGAAAAAAGGCAUCGAAGGCAAGCAUAUCAAUCCAGGUGGCACCAACAAAUUUUGCAGCGCAAGGCCUCUACGAAAGAGCAGGGUUCUACGUGAGUGAAAAGGCGAUAGUGAUGAACAGUGAACACGGUGAAGAAAGUGUGAUGGGGCUGGAGAUGGAGGUCAACCUCGGAUCUGAGGUUUAA